CAUCACACCAGAGAGAGAGAGUCAGAGGCUGAUCAGAGCUUCAGGCACCGAGACACUUCUCUGCUGGAAGCUCCAGAUGUAGAAGACCUCCUGCUCCACUUCUACCUGCAGCGUUAUCUAAGGUGUGCGUGGAUAGGCCCUGAGAUGUGACAGUGAAGACAGACAGUCAGAAUGCGUGAAUACAAACUGGUGGUUCUGGGAUCAGGAGGAGUCGGGAAGUCGGCGCUGACUGUCCAGUUCGUUCAGGGAAUCUUUGUGGAAAAAUACGACCCGACGAUAGAGGACUCGUACAGGAAGCAAGUGGAGGUCGAUGGACAACAAUGUAUGCUAGAGAUCCUGGACACAGCAGGAACAGAGCAGUUCACGGCAAUGAGAGACCUGUACAUGAAGAACGGUCAGGGCUUUGCUCUGGUUUACUCCAUCACAGCUCAGUCGACCUUCAACGACCUCCAGGACCUCAGAGAGCAGAUCCUCAGAGUGAAGGACACCGAGGACGUUCCUAUGAUCCUGGUUGGAAACAAGUGCGACCUGGAGGUGGAGCGGGUGGUGGCCAAAGAGUCGGGCAUCGGCCUCGCGCGCCAGUGGAACUCCUGCGCCUUCCUGGAGACGUCGGCCAAGAGCAAGAUCAACGUCAACGAGAUCUUCUACGACCUUGUGCGACAGAUUAACAGGAAGAGUCCAGUUCCAGGAAAAACUCGCAAAAAGUCCACAUGUCAGCUUCUCUAAUGACAGUUUCCUGCUCAUCUGACCGACAACCAACCAACCAACCAACCAACCAAUCACAGGACAUCUUCCAGCUGGUCACGCCCCCUUUAACCUCACCACACUGUUUAACGGAGACUGUUGACGUGGCGAUGAUGAUGACCAUGAAGAUGUUCUCACAGGAAUUAGAAACCAACUGCCCAAAUUUAAACCACAGUUCCCAUCAUGCUCUCUGCUUGGCCAUUUGGCGCUGGGGAGUGGCUUCUUGCUUUUUAUGUUUCGAUGUUUCUUUCCUUUGUUUUGCUUCCUUCUCAUUCGCCAGCCGCUCACACACAGCUUGACCACGGUGGCGCCGCGGUUAACGUGUUGAUGUUGCGUGUAACAUGGCUGACUCUGUAUGUGUGGCUCCGGUUGAACCUGUGGAUCCACACAGUGAAUAUUAUUAUUAUAAUUAUGCGUGAAAGGGUAUAAGAUGAAAUUUAUGUUUUUUACAUUGGGGUGGGGGUCGGGGGGGUUGGGCGUGCAGCAGGUCGGCGUUGGCUCAACGCGUCGCUAACUUUAAGCUAACUUCAGUGACCACUAUGACUCAGCAUGUAAAGGGUUUGUUAGCCGAGCAGCUAUUUCAUUGUAUUGCCAUUAGUGGUGUGAUAGCAUUAUGAGGCUAUCCCCCCCCCCAAACAUGAUCGUAGCGUUGUUAGCAUCGUUUUUAAAUGAAAUUAACGUGUCGUUUGGAAUACCUUGUUAUGUCAGGGAAUGCUGAUAUUUCUAUUUCAAUAUGAGAUCAAAAUGAGCUGGUUCAUUAGCCACUGGAUGCUAACAAUGCUACACUUCUAAACAAACAGAUAAAGGAUAAUAGCUGAAGGCUAGCUGGUUAGCAACACGAUGAGCUGACUUCAGAUCUGCUGCUCGGGGCGGACAUGUUGCCUUUCGACAGCAGACUCACACUGGUCCAGUUCCUUAGCUCCGUGUGUGUUUGUGAGUGUGUGUUUUGUGUGUUUGUGAGUGUAAGUGAGUAACAAUGAUGAACUCGGCCAGUUUCUGUAACGUCCACUGGCCCGACAUGGAGGAGGAGGGGUCGUAUUUCCUGAGCAGGACACACAGAGAGUUGUUUCUGUGUCAUUAACAAUAUUAUUACCUGAUUAUUAAUAUUAUUAACACAUCUGAGAGGGAAACGCUGAGGAACUGCUCGAAGGUCCUGCUGGUCAACGCUCCCCUAACUGAUGGGAAUAUAAGGAGCUGUCCCAACGUGAUCAGGGAAACACUCUUGGGUUGGUCCUUCAUGUUGCACGUGUGAUCAGUCGGUGCAGCAAGUUAUUUUUUGCACAUUUUCGAUUUGUAUGAGAGCCCCGAUGGAAACAACCGAAAAACUCUUUGCUAAAAAAUGCAUUGGUUCGGCUGCAGUGGAAAAGUUACGCCUGGAUAAUUAGAAAAUAAUCUCCACCAGCGUUCCUUCUUGAUAAUCCUACUUUGAGUUUUAACGGAUCAGGACAAAAUGGACAAAUUCAAGCCUAACCCAAGUUUUCAUGAAAUGUGGCUCAAGUGCUACAUUUACAUGGAAACCGGACGAUAAAUAUCGUUAUCGUAGAAUACCGCAGAUACAGUUUUUGACAUCAGUAUUCUCCAAGGUUAAAAGAGUUGAGCUAAUACCUCACAGCUGAAGUCGAAAGGGGGUUGGCCUUGUAGUUGAAGCCCCGCCUCCAGCGGACAGGGGGCGUGGUCAGUGAAGCAGCAGCCACAGAAAGCCUUUUGAAAACUCUGUCUUCUGUUUGAAAUGUGAGUUCAGAUCCCAGACAGCGUGUGCUGGACCAGUGACCUCUGUGAGUACUGCUGUGCACAGUGUUGGACCACCAGGAGAACUGCUGUCAGUACUCUGGUUCUCCCCCAGUACGUUCCGUCAUGUAGCAUGUUGAUGUUUCUGUCAGUUCUCGGUCUGACCUCCGGGAGGUGCUGCGACAGUUUGCAUGCCGAGCAGAAGCUUUCAAGAGAAAAGUCUUUGCAGCCGAGACGGUGCGGUCCAGCUGAUUGCAGUGUUGGCAGAGUUAAUGUAAUGUGCAGUUAAAGUAAAAGCGAUUGGAAUGCCAGUGUGUUGAUCACUGCCGAAUGAUUCCCACAGAAAAGUUAAGGGAAUUGAAAACACCUUUCUGAUAAUCCAUAAAUUACAUUUUUGCGUGGCUUGUUUACGUUGUCUUUCGAGUAUGGUGUUUCUUUGCUGUAUUCUUGAGUGUCAAGCCAUAGAGUCUCAUCACUGCCCCUUGUGGAUAGAUGGCCGAACAUUCCCACUGCAUCUACAGUAGUGUGUUUUCUUCCAGGCCACCAGGGGCAGUAAUGAGCCGGUUCCGUACUCAAACAGUAACUUGGACGAGCCACAUGAAGGUGACAUUUAUGGUUCAUCGGACAUCUUUUCAAAUAUUUUUUUUUCUGGUUUUGUAGCAGAUAAAGAAGUUGUUUGUUUUAUGAAUGCAAAGGUUUCCGGGUACAUUUAAUUUGAACCUAUUUUUAGCAUUUGUAAACAGUAUUUAAACACUGUAAAGAGAUGAGGAUAUUUUAAUGUUUAUUAAUUCGUUUAUCAACAUUUAGAAUUUCUCCUGCAAAGUUUCUACAUCUGCUGUACAAACAGUUAUCAGUAUAUUAAAAUAUUCCAAUUAUAUUAAAACAUGCAGCCUUAAUGCUGUUUAUGAAUGCUAAA